AUGGCCACGGGUUCUCUCAGGGAGGGCGUAUUUGCCAUCAACAAACCUUGCGGUCAAAGCUCAGCCCAAGUCAUUCGCGAAUGCCAGCAGGUUUUCAAUCCUUCCGAGUUUUUCAAGCCAUUGAUCGAGUCAGAAGUCGCAAAGCGCACCAACGAGAAUGGCGGGCAGCCCGCCCGUCGCAAGGCUCUUAAGAAGGCUUCCCAAGUCAAGAUUGGUCAUGGCGGAACUCUCGAUCCUCUCGCUACCGGAGUUCUCAUCCUGGGUGUAGGAUCUGCAACAAAGGCACUGCCCCGGUUCCUCGAAUGUACCAAGACAUACGAGACCACCGUUGUGUUUGGUGCCGCUACCGACAGCUAUGAUAGAGUUGGCCGCAUCCUUACCAAGCGGCCCUAUGAACACAUUACUCGCGAAAAGGUCGAGAAGGAGAUUGCCUCCUUCCGCGGCCGCCACACUCAGAUCCCGCCACUGUUCUCUGCGCUCAAGAUGAACGGAAAGCCCCUCUACGAGUAUGCGCGUGAGGGCAAGCCUAUUCCUCGACAGAUCGAAGGCAGAGAAGUCGAGGUCAAGGACAUUGAAAUGGUGGAGUGGUACGAGCCCGGAAAGCACAACCACCGAUGGCCUACCGAAGAGGCCGAAGCUGCGGAGCGUAACCUGGCAGAACAGGUCUGGAGGGUCAAGAAGCAACAAGAAAGCAACAAGCCGUUGAGUCCCGAAGAGAAGCAGCAGGACAUCAAAGCGAUAGCGGCGCAUGAAUCGUUCAAGCGCAAUUUCGAAGAGCGUCAGGAUGCCCUUAUCAAAGAUGCGCCUUCAAAGAAAUCGCGAAAGUCAAAGGAACCUCCCUUGAUGUCGGGCGCCCUCGGAAAGCUACCACAGCCAGCCUACUCUAAUAAGGGACACAACCUGGUUCCCGACGCACCCGACUCGAGCACCCCACCUCCAUGGAGCGAUGAAGGCCCUCCAGCUUGCAAGGUGCGACUGACAGUCACAUCUGGUUUCUACGUCAGAAGUUUCUGCCACGAUCUAGGCGCCAAGCUUGACUCAGCAGCUCUCAUGGCAGAGCUUUCGCGCACCCGCCAGAACGAUUUUGAGACUGGCACCGAGAACUGUCUCGAGUAUGAGGAUCUCGCCAAGGGUGAAGAGGUCUGGGGCCCCAAGGUCGCCGGUAUGCUUGAAAGGUGGAACAAUGGUUUGGGAGCCGGCCCUCGGGGUCCAGCCGGCCCCCAGAAGAAGGAGACUAAGGGCCCCGGCUCUCCUACAAGGAAGCACAGCAAGCAACAGAACAACAAAGGCGAGAAGCGACGACGGUCGGAAUCACCCAACGGGACAGGAUCACCACACCGCAAGGCGGUAGCUCUUGAAUCCAAGCAAGACUCCAAGCCCGUGAAAGAGCCCAAAGAGGAGGUCAGGCCAGACGCCGGGAAUCGCUCCGAUGAUGAGAAGUCAUGGAACGGUAUCGAAGACUGA